UGUAGUUCAUGAAGAGCUGUCAAACGUAUGGCCUUUAUGUCAAACAUAUACUCGCUUUUCAUUAAACUUGCCAGUUGCAAAAUUGCUCUUAAACCCAUGAAAAGGUGAAACCAUAUAACAAGAACGUCAAAAUUGUGGGCAGAUUUUUUUCCUUUGUCAGCCAUCUAACUCAACUGCGCGUCUUUGGGCAUGGAGGCCCACAGUUCAGGUCAGCAGCUCUCACGGAAGAGGAAGCGAGAGGAGGGCUCAAACGGAGAGGCAGAGGAUGGAGAGCGCAAAGCAAAGGCCCUACGCCGCAUGCCGGGCUUGACAGAGCCAGCGCCCUUUGCCGAUGAGCUAGAAGAAGUGACCGGUGGGUAUGUACGCGUGACUAUGGAGGAGGCACAGAAGGGAACUCCUCCGGACCGGCCAGUGAGAGUGUACGCUGAUGGCAUUUUUGACAUGUUCCAUUCGGGGCAUGCCAGGGCCCUGAUGCAAGCCAAGUGCCUCUUUCCCAACACCUACCUCAUUGUAGGAGUGUGCAGUGAUGACCUCACGCACAAGUUUAAGGGCUUCACGGUAAUGAACGAGGAUGAGCGCUAUGACGCAAUCAGCCAUUGCCGCUACGUUGACGAGGUGGUGCGUGACGCACCCUGGACGCUCACGCCCGACUUCCUGGCAGAGCACAGGAUUGACUUUGUCGCCCACGAUGACAUCCCUUACUCGUCUGCAGGGAGUGAUGAUGUGUACAAACACAUCAAGGAGGCGGGCAUGUUUGCUCCCACACAGCGAACUGAAGGCAUCUCCACCUCGGACAUCAUCACACGCAUCGUCCGGGACUACGACGUAUAUGUACGGCGCAACUUGCAGAGAGGCUACACCGCCAAGGAGCUCAACGUCAGCUUCAUCAAUGAGAAGAAGUACCACCUGCAAGAGCGCGUGGACAAGGUGAAGCAGAAGGUGCGGGAUGUGGAGGAGCGUUCCAAGGAGUUUGUGCAGAAGGUGGAGGAGAAGAGCAUCGACCUCAUCCAGAAGUGGGAGGAGAAGUCCCGCGAGUUCAUCGGCAACUUCCUGCAGAUGUUUGGCCCAGAGGGGGCACUGAAGCACAUGUUGAAGGAGGGGAAGGGCCGGAUGCUGCAGGCCAUCAGCCCCAGGCAGAGCCCCAGCAGCAGCCCGACGCGGGAGGAGAGCGAGCGCUCGCCCUCGCCCACUUUCCGCCUGCCCUUCUUCACCAAGACGCCCCCCUCGUCCUGCUCGCCCCCCCUCUACAGCAGCAGCCUGCAGAGCAUCAGCGAGGACGAGGACGACGAGGAUUGAACUGACCGCCGACUGCCGACCGAUGCCUCUCUUCCUCUCCCUUCCUCUCACUUACUCCCUCUCUCCAAUCCCUUCGUCGGCUUCCCUCUAUCAAGGCGAUCUCAACCGUCCGUCCGUGUUGUUCACCCGCAAGUUCACCCGCAAUCGCACACACACACACACACCUCAGCUUUGAGCCACAGACGAGCGCAAAAGGGAUCAAGUGCUUUUCCAAAAUCUUUUUUCCCUAAUUCUUAUCGGUUUCAGUCCUCUGUCCUGUCUUCCCUUCACCCACCUGGCUGGUGGAAUUGUGUGCAGAGGUGAACUGUGAACUGUUUUAGGAGGAGACCGGGGUGUUCAACGUCUUGUGGGCCUUUGAGUCUUUGUGACUCUUUUUUUUCCCUGAACAUUCCAAGCACAAGGUGUAGGAGUGAUAUGGAGCGGCUCUGUUCUCGUCAAAAGUCUGAGGGGGCCCUCUAGUGAAGAAUUCAGUCAUUACAGGGCUUUUUUUUUGUGCUCUUUUGCCCAACCCUGUUGCAACCACACACACACACACACACACACACACACACACACACACACUCCCUCUCUCUCUCACACACUCCCUCUCUCUCUCACACACUCUCUCACUCUCACACACACACAAACACAUAAUUCCUUUUAUAAUCCCUCCGGCCACGCCUGACAGACUCUGUACCCCAUUUGCCAAGGCCCAUUGGCAAGACCACAACACAGUGAAAUCGAGAGCGAUAGACACUGAUUGUUUUUACUGCAGCAAAGUGUCGGGGGCAACUCCACAGCCUUCUUGUUUUCUUUCUUUCUCUCACCCAAAACGUAUUACAUUUCCGUGAGCACACUGAAAAUUUUAGUAGUGUGUUUUACCCCCACCCC